CUCCUCCUCUUGUAAUGUUGUUGACGUCGUGGGGUGGUACUACGCCAGAUAGGCCAAAAUGUAUACGGCGCGUCAAACUAAUUAGACGUCCAGUCAGCUGUUUUGUAUGCUGAAAAAAUGAUGAGCUGCGCAGGCAACUCUUCAUUCAGUCAACAGCUGGUUCGUGUACGUGCUGAGGGUAGGGGUGGGGGGUGGUAACCGUCUUUUCCCCUAUACCUGGGGAGGUUGUGGCCAAGGUGUGCGCAGUCAAUGCCAAAGCAUCGUUCAAGGAUGGCGUCAUCGGAACUUCGGCGGCCAAAAUCUGCUAAUCCUAAUCGACGAUUAAGGACAGCCACACACAAAGUGACAGAUCCGCGAGUCCGUCCCGAACAACCGUCUGCUAAUCCCGAUGUUCAGUCGUCCCCUGACGAGUUCAGCAACUACGUGUCAGAAUCGUGUCCAUUAUCUGUUUGGACCAAUUCAGACUCAUCUUUGCUGGAAAAUAUCGAUGAUUUUCACGAACCCAUUGGUCCGCAGCAGCAGCGUUCGUCUGGUGUGUCGAAACAAAGACGGACGCCAUCACCUACAUCCUCGUCGACAUUCGAUUCGCUGAUGACUUUCGAGUGCAUUCAAAAAGCCAGUGCCUUGCGUGUUUUGGCAAAAACGCUCGACAGACAGCGUGAUGUCUUGCAGCAAGCCAGUGUUGGCAGCCAUGGCGAGACGACCGACUCCCGCAAAACGACUCCCCCACCUAGAAAAUUGCGGCCUUUAGAGCGUGAAUACAGUGGACCUUUCUAAAACUAGUUUCCUUUUCUUUAAAUUUUUUUUUUUUCUUACUUAUGGGGUGACAAUAGGGAGGUGGGGACAAACGGUUUCAACGUGAAUAGAAUGUGAAAAUAGCGUAUUGAUGUUAACAAUAUCACGAUCUGGCGAAUUCUC